CUCAUUCGAGUGCGCUAUGGACAUAAUUGUUUCGAAUUAUUUUCAAUAAUUGUUGUUAAUUAUUUCUUGAAUUAUCAUGUCAUUAAUUUUUGUUAGUUAGUGCGUUGGAAAUUUUGUGUUUAAACGAGAAUACGUUUAAUUGAGAUUAAAUUAGAAGCUAGAGUUCGCUCAAUCGCCAUUAACAAGGCGGUAACAUCAACUGAUAAUAUCACUAUAGUAAAUUAUAAGAAUAUUGAAAAAUAAUAUAGUGAAUCAAGACCAUUUAUUAAUAAUGGACAAUUCAAGCACGAACGAAAAUAUUUCUGGCGCCGCAAUGAGUGAUAGAAGUAAUUUUUUUAGAGAAUCCUUUUCUCUAAAUUUUAAAUUCAAGGAUUUAUUUCAAGUUGUAGAUGGCAAAGUUGAGAAAAGAAAAGAUUUUAAAGAAGGAUUUUUAAAGUUUUUUCGCAAGGCCGCUGUAUACCCUUGCGUUUUAAACUUCAAAUAUGCACGUGUUAAUAAAAGAAGCGCUAAUAUUAUGUGUUAUUGUUCCAAGAACAGAAAAAAUAAGGAAGUUGGAAAUAUGGGGAAUUGUAUGACAUAUCAGAUUAGCAUAAAAUUUGAUCCUAAUAGAAAACUCAUUACAGAAGUUUUAAUUAGGCCGAGAGGCACUCUUAAACAUGGUACUGUUUCUACUCCAAUACCGAAGCAUAGGCAAGUAUGGGGAACAAAUGGAGAUGUGAAAAGAAAAUUGAAACAUAAAAAAACAGCAACAUUUUCUCCCCGACAAUUAGAGAAAACAAAAAGAGAAUCUCCUGAAUUGUUUAUAGAAUACAUCACAUUCGGUGAGGAGAACGAUCUUUCUUCUGACACUCGAAUGCGCGAAUUUGUAGCUUGCAUGCUCGAUGCAAAAUAUGAAGAUACCAAUGAAUUUGCUUAUUCUGUGGUAGACAUAAUUGACAUCGUCGAAUUCUGGCAAUACCAGAAAGAGCAACUCCUAAAACCUCCACACGAGCAAGAUUUGCACGAAGGAAUUACAGUAAAAAUCAAAAAAAUAAGAGAAGUUUAAUCCUGCUUAAGUUUAAUGAAAUGGAGAGCUACUAUGAAAUACUCUAGGAUAAACAAGUUAAUUAAUAAUAAUAAGAUGAAACAUAUUAAAAACAAGGCAGCGGCGCUACAUAAAAAUAACAAGGAUCAUAACAGAGAACAAUAGAAAAUCUAAAAAUUUUGUGAAUAUUCAACUAGAAAGGAAAAUUUCUACCUUUCUGUCUUCAGAUUCAGAGCUUUUAAUAGGAUGGGGAUGAUUUGUCUUUGGGAAGAACUUCAACCCUUUCACCAAGUAAUGCCAGACCUCCUAAACGAAAGAUCAAAGAUUAAUGGCCGAAAGAAUUAUAAAUCAAGCACUGUAUCAGGUGGAAAUGGGUAAUUUGAGGCAUUCAGAUAUACAUUUGUUCAUUCAACUGCAGCACCAAGACCAUCUCAUUUAAUUUUCAUCUUAGACUUAC